CGGAGCUCAUAUAAAUGGCUGGAGCGCCCACUAUCGACAGUAAGCGGCACAGCAGCGCGAACGCAGACGGGUUACAAUGUCACUGGAGAAAUGUCAAAGUGAAUGGACUGAAAUAGAGCAAGAAUAUCAACAAUUACAGGAAACUCACAAAGUUUAUAGACAGAAACUGGAGGAGCUGACUAACCUGCAGGCGAUAUGCAGCAGUGCCAUUAGCAAACAGAGAAAAGGCCUGAAAGACCUCAAGCAAAGUCUUCAUAAGUGUGUGAAAACCUGCAAUGAAAAGGAAUCAGAAGUGGUAAAUGACUUGCAGGUCCAAAUUAAAGAAAGGCAAAAUGUCUUUUUUGACAUGGAAGCCUAUUUGCCAAAGAAGAAUGGAUUGUACUUAAAUUUGGUCCUUGGAAACGUUAAUGUUACGCUCCUCAGCAACCAAGCAAAGUUUGCAUACAAAGAUGAAUAUGAGAAAUUCAAACUUUAUAUGACCAUAAUACUAAUGUUUGGUGCCGUUUCUUGUCUUUUUCUUCUAAACUACCGUGUUACAGAUGAAAUCUUCAAUUUCUUAUUGGUGUGGUAUUAUUGUACUCUGACAAUAAGGGAGAGUGUCCUCAUGAGCAAUGGCUCCCGUAUUAAAGGCUGGUGGGUUUCACAUCACUAUGUCUCAACCUUUUUAUCAGGUGUUAUGUUAACAUGGCCAGAAGGUCCUAUGUAUCAGAUGUUCAGAAGUCAGUUCCUGGCUUUCUCCAUCUAUCAGAGUUGCGUGCAGUUUCUUCAGUAUUAUUAUCAGAGCGGAUGUUUGUAUCGGUUACGAGCUCUGGGCGAAAGGAACCAGCUGGACCUGACAGUGGAGGGCUUUCAGUCAUGGAUGUGGAGGGGGCUCACGUUCCUUCUUCCAUUUUUAUUUUUUGGCCAUUUUUGGCAGUUGUACAACGCUGCGACCCUUUUUAGGCUGUCUGCCCGUGAUGACUGCAAGGAAUGGCAGGUGUUCAUGUUGGCCUUGACGUUUCUCGUCUUGUUCCUGGGGAAUUUUCUCACUACUCUGAAAGUGGUCCACCAGAAGCUCCAAAAGAACAAAGAAAAGAUCAAAAAGAACUGAUGAGAGGCUGGAAGUUUUCAUACCCAACGAGGCCAGAGUGGAACUCGCAGAACUGAACUACAAAGCGCACAAAACUGUUUUGUCUUUUGAGUGUUGUCCCACUAGCUGUCUGGAGUCAGAGGCAAAUGCUGACGUCUCUCAAACUCAUUUUGACGGCAACAAUGGAAACUCUAGAUUAUGUCACUUUGCCCAUUUCUCUGCCGUGUUUUUGCUUUUUCUUUUUACACAAUCACAGCUGUUAGAGGGUAAUGUUUGGGUUAGGUACCACUGUUAACCUUCAAUGUUUCAAACACUGUAUACUUAAUAAGUGAGAAGAAUUUUAUUUUGUUCCUAUGCAUGAAUAUGUUUACAAAAAGCCACAUUUUAAUUGAAAACUGCAGAACUGCAGAUGCUCAGUUCAUUGGGGUCUAGAAGGGAUUUUUACUUUAUGGUUAAUAAAGCUGGAUAGUGAUAAAAUUAUAAUGGAAUAAAUACUUGCGCUCCCACAAGGCAUUUAAACAGGAGCAUAUGCUCAUGUAUUUUGUAUUGUGAGAAUUUUUAUAAGGGACAAGUGGUGUUUUGCACGUUAAGGCUUGUCAGUAGGAUUAUUGAGCAAGGCAAAAUUCUUGAAUCAAGGUCACAUUUUCUGCCACCUUAAAAAUAUGGUUUUGUUUAUUUAAUUAAUGAUAAUGAUGGCAAUAAAGCUCCAUUAACACUUUGAAGUACAUUUGAAUAAAAAAAUUAGUAUUUCCCUUU